GUAUGAGCGUCAGAGCAUCGCUAGUACAAAUAGAAGAAAACGAUCGGAAAGACAUCCCGAUAUCAUAUUUGUAAUGAUGGAUAGAGGGAAAAAAUACGAAUUUAUGUAUACAAAGUGUUCAUAUCUAUUUUGUACAGAACAAAAGAUAAAAAAUAAUGCAGUAAAAAUAUGA